AUGUUGCCACUACCGCCACCAAAGGCAACAAGAGAGCUCCAGGAGCGCUUGGAUACGGCACUAAAUGACCGUGAAGCCCAGAUCACAGAUGUGUACGACUCAGCGGUACGACACGGCGAAGCCACAUCACCGCAUCAGCAUGAUUAUCAGCAGCAAAAGCGUGAUGGUCUGCCAUCUCACAAAACUGUACUUUCAAAAACAUUUCACGGCCUGGGAUGCUACAUUCUGAGGCGAAGUCUCGAAAUGCGGCCGGAUUUGUCUUCAAGGGUGGGGGGCUUGAGCCGUACCUUCAAGGUCCUAGGCUGCAAUGAGAAGCAGCUUGUAAAACUAUUUCGACCACACCGUUGUCCUUCCCUCUCCUUUUCCCUUCCUUGCGCAGAGGGAUAA